GGCUGCUUCCACAUGUAAACAUGCGACCUGAUCCUGUGGCUAGUGGGAUUAAAGUUAAACAGUUCCGCGGCGUAUAUAUGUGUCACUGAUUCGUGUGCUAUCGACUACUUGGACAUUAGUUUCCGCUUGUGUAUCGGAAACAAACUCCACUUUAGUUUGUGAGUGACGCACAGUUAGCAGUUAGCAUGGCAGCGCACACCAUAUUUGUUGGUUCUCUGCCAGAUUCAGCUUCAAAUGAGCGACUCGAAGAAAUAUUCUCAGAAAUUGGUCCGGUAAAGAAAUGCUUCGUGGUCAGAGACAAAGACACAGAAAAAUGUCGGGGGUUUGGGUUUGUCACAUAUUCCAUGGCGGAAGAUGCACAGCGAGCCUUAAAAGAAGUUAAAGACUACGACGGACAUAAGCUGUCCCUGACAGUGGCAAAGAGUAAAAUCAAAGACAAAAACAAAAAAGAGGUGGGCACAGCUCCAAAGGAAAAUCAGCAGAAAUCCAAAGGCUUCAGGAAAAAGCUACUAAAAGCAAGGCUUAUUAUCCGGAAUCUCAGUUUUAAGUGCACAGAGGAACAUUUGAAAGAAGUAUUUGCAAAGUUUGGAACUGUUGUUGAGGUCACGAUCCCCCUCAAACCUGAUGGGAAGAUGCGUGGAUUUGCAUUUGUCCUGUUUAAAAAAGUGCCAGAGGCUGCAAGAGCACUUAACGUUAUGAACAUGAAGGAGAUAAAAGGUCGCCCGGUAGCAAUUGACUGGGCUGUGCCAAAGGACAAGUUCAUUAGUACGCAGCAGUCCUCAAAUUCAGCCAGUAAAAAUCCAGAAGAGGCAAGUGCUGACACCGACAGUGACACUGACGAUGAGGAUGAAGAAAAGAAGAAAGCAGCGCCUGAACAGAAAAAAGUCAGUUUAAAACCAGCUGUGAAGCAAACUGAGGAAUUUGAAUCAGAUGAUGAAGCAGAGAGCAAACAGAGCAGUGAGGAGAAUGAUUCUGAUGAUGAAGAUGAGGAGGAGGAUGAAGAGGAGGACGACGAAGAGGAGGAGGAGGAGGAGGAUGGAGAUAGCCUUGAUACAGAUGAUGAUGACGGCAGCCUGGAUGAAGAGGAAAGUGAAGAGGAUGAAGAUAAAUUAGCUCAGAAGAAGACCUCAAAAAAACUCCUUCCUUCAGAUGUGCAAGAGGGCAGAACAGUUUUCAUCAGGAACCUGUCAUUUGACACAGAGGAAGAAGACCUUGAGGAAGUCCUCCUUGAGUUUGGAGAAAUGAACUACAUAAAGGUUGUUGUUCACCCAGAUACAGAGCAUUCAAAAGGUUGUGCCUUUGCUCAAUUUAAGACUAAAGAGGCUGCAGACAAAUGCAUAGCUGCAGCACAGGAUGAGGCAGAGGAUGGUGGUAUCCGGAUACAUGGCAGAAAGCUGAUGAUUGUUGCAGCAGUGAGCAGAGAAGAUGCUGUGAAACUGAAAGUUGAUAAAAAGAAGGUAGAAACGGGCACGAGGAACCUGUACCUGGCCAGAGAGGGAUUGAUUCGUCCAGGAACCAAGGCUGCAGAGGGCGUACCUGAGGCAGACAUGAUCAAAAGAACCAGAUUUGAAGAAAUAAAGAGGGCCAAGCUUCGGGACAUAAAAGUGUUUGUGUCAAAGACUCGUCUGUGUGUCCACAACCUGCCAAAGUCAGUGGACAAUAAAAAACUCAAAUCGCUCUGCCUUCAAGCUGUAAAAGGAGUGAAGGGAGGUCGCAUCACAGAAUGCCGGGUCAUCUAUGAUAAGAAGCCUGAGAAAGGUCAAGUGAUGGGACAAUCGUUAGGUUACGGCUUUGUUCAGUUCCAGGAUCACGAACAUGCUCUCAGUACGCUCCGCUACCUCAACAACAACCCUUAUAUUUUUGGCUCACAAAAGAGACCCAUUGUUGAGUUCUCCCUGGAGGAUUCAAGAAAACUCAAAAUAAAAGAAAUGAGGAAGCAGAAAAGCAAGGAAGCUUUCAAAAAUCAGCCUUCCAAAGGAGGCGUCAAACCCAAGUCCCAUCCAGCUGGAGAUCAGAAAGGACCAGGGAAAGGUAUUCCUGAAGACCAGAAGCAAGACCUACACUAUUCAGGCUUCCACACCACUCCUGAUGUUGAACACGUAGAGUUGCAGAACGGGAAGAAACGAAAGAAAGUGCUGCCUUUGCCUUCCCAUCAAGGACCAAAGAUCAGAACACGUGACAAGAGAAAGCAGCAGGCCCCCCCACCCAAGAAAGCCAAGCCUGGAUUGAAAAGGAAGGAGCAUCAGAAGCAACAGAUGGAGAAGCACGCACAGCCCAGAAACCAGAAGGUCAAAAUGGCAAAGAAGCAUUUCAAGCAAAAGCAUGGAGACCGCUUUGAGAGCCUGGUGGAGCAAUACAAGAAGAAACUGAUGGGCAACAGUGACACCAAUAUCAAAAGAAGUAAAUGGUUUGAUAGUUAACUCUCUGUGUGUGUGUGUGUGUGUGUGUGUGUGUGUGUGUGUGUGUGUGUGUGUGUGUGUGUGUGUGUGUGUGUGUGAGUGAGAGAGAGAGAAAAUGUACUGUGAUGUAAAGUUCUGAAGAAACAGAGGUCCUCUACAUUGACAUCCUGGGGUUUCAGAGUAAUUACAGUUUUUCUUAAAAUUUGCUUUUGUGUCAACAUUAACUGUACAGCAUGAUGCUCUCAUGCUCAAGCAUACAUUCUGCCCUUGUGUUUGCUUUUGUCUGCUCUUUUAACCAGUGAAAGAAACCUAAUUAUGUAAGGAGAAAUUUUUUGUACAUGUAUUUUUAGGAAAAAUAAAACAUUUUACUUUGUUGCAACCCACA